CGACCUGCGGGCGGAAGCGCCGGGAUCGAGUCACUUGCGCACUCCGUGAGAACGGCCCGAUUAAGACAGUGUGGCGGCACGGCCAGACCCCAGUACGCCGCUGAUUUGUUUCUAUGAUAGCUUUCUGGAGCGAUAUUUCAAAUUACUAAAGCGAGUGGUAGGAGGCCUUGACUGUUAUGUCUCUUCCGAAAACGUCCUCCACAUUGCUAACCUCCUUGUCAACACCUGAGGGCAAGAAAUUAAGAGUCUCUGCAUCCAAGGAGGAGACAGUACUUCCUGAACUAAAGGAGAAAAAAAAUAUGGUGGAUCGUUCAAAACCCCUUCCUACAUCCCUUCAGAAUGAGUUCAUCCCUGAGGAAGUUCUUCUUUCUCUGACCUAUGCAGCCAAUGCUGGUCCUUGUCCUGAAAACUUACUGCCCCCUAAGAAAACUAAAACCCCAAAGGGUACACUUCUGCGUCCGGCUGACCAAGUCUGGUAUCACCCUAUCAGAAGAAAUAAGUUCAAAUACCUGAUUGACCAUCCUGUUUCCUUAACUGGUGCUGGAAGGGAUAUUUCUUUUCUGUACGAUGUUAAAUAUGUUAAAGGAGAGGCCAGGGAGAGUUCACUUUGUCCCCCAUGUUUGGAACGUUCAUUACAGUCACAUGAUGGUGUCAUUGUGCCUCAUAAGAUGCCUUGCAAAUAUACUACUCUCCUCACAGAUAGUGAAAACAGGCUAUUGCUCUUCCCAUCCAUGAAACCUAAUAAAAGAGUAGAAGUGGUCCAGCUGAAUGAUGUGAUGGAUGCUAUGCUAGAGAGGACUGGUGUGGAAAAUCAGGAAUAUACAGGGCCAACCAAGAUGCACAAACUACUACAUGUAUUGAGGAAGGAACAGACCAUUUACAAUACAGUAUUUCAUGAACUUAUUCGACAAGUCAGUGUGGAUUGUGCAGAUAGAGGAGAACUACUGUCCAAAAUCAGAGAACGGUAUGUACAAAUGCUUGACCAAAUUGCCCGGCAGAUGAUUGAUUUCUACAAAGACUUGGUAACUCAGCGAAUGAUGGACCAGCGCAUUUUAGAAGAACUGUACAAUUUUAAGAAUGUUAUUGAAGAACUGACCAGGGAGCUGUGUCUGGUUCGGGCUCAUGAUAUGAAAUUAACAAAGGAAGCAGAGAAAGCCCACAAGGAUUUGGCACAAGCUCUUUUAGAUGCUGAAAAGAAUGCUAGGAUUGUAGAAGAAUACCAUGACUUAUACACAUUGCAGAGAGGAAGGAUGGAGAGUGAUAUUAAACAGUUAAUGGCAGAAAGAGAUCUCUGGAGCUCAGCCACAUAUGAAUUGGCCCUAAAGGUAAUUGAAAAAAAUAGAGUCAUAUUGGCUAAAAGACUUUACCUCAAUGAAAAAGGUUGGAAUAAAUAUGCUAAGCAUUUCAUCAUACUGCUGUCAACCAAGGACACUGCAGACCUUGCACUAUUGCAGAAGUUGACACAGAAAUGGAGAAGCUCAAUGAAUAGAUUUAAAAAGGAAGUGGAACAAAAUGAAGAGUCUACAAGGGAGAAAUUACAAACUGUUAAGGAUGGUCUUAUCACAUGGCAGGAGUUCUUCAGAAAUGAUGGAAAAGACAUUUCAUCUCCUAGUAAAGAAAACAUAUUCGAAUCCAUUAUUUCAGAUUUCAAGCAGUGGCAAAAGAUGUUGAAUGAAGAUAAAGACAAGUAUACUGGGGAUUUUCUAGUGUCAAAAUAUGAUUCUCUCAAGAUUAUUAAACAUUUACAAGAAAACUGGACAGAUGUUGGGUUUGGGAUAUUGAAUCGCCAUAAAAGUAUGGAGGGGGAGAUGCCACCAGAGCAAGAGCACAUGAAGGAAAUUGUGAAAACCAUAGGAAGACUCUACAAAGAAUUUGAAAUAAGAAUAAAUGGGGAUAAUGGUAUCUCUAAAAUUAUUCCAAGUUUGGUUAGUUCUCUAGAAUUCUGUUCUUUCAAGUUGGCAAAUGUCCUGGAGUUUCCUGAAAUGCUUCAUGACGAAUGGGAAGGAGUUAAUGAAAAAGUUAAUGAAAUGAAAUCUCCGUUGGAUGCAUCAAUAAACAUUAUUGGUACCGUUCCUCAGUAUAUGGAUGUGGAUUCUGGCCCGGUACUCCAAGCACAAAUAUUUAACAUGAUUCAACAGUGGCUUUUGAAGAUAAGCAAUGAGAUUAACAAUGGUAACAUUGAACUUCAGCGCCAUAUGGAUGAAUUGCAUAUAUCUAUGAUCCAGUGGAUGGUAAGCUUGCUGAUUUUAAUGGUGCCUGACUGUACUGACCAAAACACUCUCCCAAAUUUGAGGAAAGAAAGUGCUGAGAAACAUGAUCUAGGAGUUGCAAAGUUAGAGCUAGAUGCGAUUGCACUGGCCAGAAAGUUGGCGCAAUAUUCCAGCUAUUUGAGCAGUUGUUGCAAAGGGCUGGUAACAGCUAUGGCUCUGAAUAAGGCAGGUCACUUAGAAAAAAAUCCUGCUAAGGAACUUCGGGAGCUGGAUGAGAUGAAGAGAGAAUGUUAUGAGUGGAUCACCACAUGUUCUCACCUCCUUUCUGGGAUCAAAGGCAGAAAAAUAAAGUUACUGACAAAGGAAGAAAAAGAACACCUAUUUGGAGAAGAGGAUUUUAUAAAAGAAUUAAUUGAACCUGACAUAGACAGGCCUUCUAGAGAGGAGGAAGAAGAAAGUAUGGAGGAUAAUUUUAAGAUGCAAAGGGAAGAAGAGGAGAAGCCUUCAACAUCCAAGGAGGAGGAAAAACUCAUUAGAAUAAUUGAAAAAGAUGAAAAUAUUCAUUCCAAACCUCUAUUUGAAGCAAAUAUAUUCUCUUCCUGGAGAGAAUCAGCGAAUCGAGGUACAUUGGCCCCAAAGUAUCUUGAAGCAAUGGCUAUCAUUGAACGCACACAGGAGAAGUUAUUAGAGGUUGAAAGCAGAGCCAGACAAGCAGAGGAGAAGUUUGAGGAUGUAAAUGAGAAACUUCAUUAUACCCUUAUAAGAAAUAAAGAACUGGAGAGAGAAUUAGAGGCUAUUUUGAUGAGGUCUAGAGAGAAGGAGUUUGAAGGAAGAGAAGAAGAAAAUGAAGGAGAAAGAGAAGAUGGAGAAGAUGAAGAAGACAAUAAUGAAGAAAUCAGACCAGUAGAACAUUCCCCAAAAUCUCUAAAGAAAGAGGUACAGCGCAAGGAAGGUCCUCUCAACCCUAAACCCAGACCCCGGACUAAAUCCAAGACCAAGUCCAAGUAGCAUCCUUAGGGUGCUGGGCUUCAGCAGGGCUCCCCUCACUGAUCUCUGUGUGCUACUUAGCUGACCCUGUGGCUCAACUGGAGGGGCUCCCUGUGCAACAGCUACUAGAAAAGUCAUGACAUACAACCCAAGAACAUUUUCUCUUUAAAAGUCACAGUGAAAGCUGUAGGGAGUAAGUGCAUUAGUUUAUCUCCCGGAUUAAAAAUAGCUUGUGCCAAAAUUUGCUGGCCUCUUCAAAUGAUUUCCUAACAGAGGUCUGUGAAAAGUGUCAGUUCCUGUCAAGCAAAUAAUGCUUUUUGAAAACUCUGAGCUCUGCAAAGAGUGGCAAAUACAAAGCAUUAUUUUUUCAAUUUAAAAGAGAGGAGCCUGAUGAUGCUCUUGGGUUUUGGCAGCAUUUUCAGAUUUCUUAUGAUUUCAGGCAUUUUUAUGAUUUAUUUGAUUUUCACAAUAACCCUACAAAGUAGGUGGGGGAGAUGCUGUUAUUAUCCCAUUUCUCAGAAGAUUAAACUGAGGCCCCCCCAAGUGGUUAUAAGACUCCCCAAGGUCACAGAACUGAUGGGUGUCAGAGGCCCCUGCUUACUGGACCUGUGUCUGGAUGUUUGACAGUAGUGAUGGGCCACCAGGCCACUGCUCAGAUGGUUUCCUUCACAGGGAAAGAAUGGAAGAUUGUACUGAAAUUUAGGAAUGCUGCUGAAGAUUCACCCAGAAUCGCCAUUUUUUGCUUUGAUCGCCUCACUUGUCUGCUCUGUUCAUGACCCCGGAUCCAUUGAGGCACUAGAGAUGGACUAACCUGCAAAAAUAAGUUGCGAGUGACAAAUGGACAUUUGGGGCAAGCACUCGGCAAGGACCCCCUCCUACCUUACUGCUCCCGGCACACCUGCAUUUGCUCUGAUCUCUGGCUCCAAAUACCUAUGCACCUGCUUUGGCUCACAUAUUUGCUGUUCCUUUGGAUUUAUCUCCGAAUUUUAGACCCUUGCCUGUUCCCUAAGCCUCAGAAACCCUGUGAUUCAGAGUCCCCAGUCUUUUUCAGCCCAGUCCCUGGCCAGGCCUGCCUCUGCCAUCAUCAAAGUAGGUAUAAGAUGGGUUUCAAAAAUGCUUAGGGUCUGUCCGCCUGAGCCCACUGGUUGACUCUUGAAGUCUGAGCAAAGAAACCUGACUUCAGACAGUUGGCUGUGCUUGUGGCCCAGCUGACAGCCAGAGCUGCCGCUCUUGGCCCCCGCUUACAGUUCUCGCUUGCUGGGGCAUAGCCAGCCCUACCCUUUCCCAAAGAGAUUCUUAGGUGAUCCUAGAAAAUUUGGAGGCUUUUUGGUGGGAUUUCCGAAU